UCUCUCUCUUAGGGUUUCGAUCUCUCUCUCUCUCCUCCAUUAGAGAUCUCGAUGAAGGCCCUCUUCCACUCGAGGAGCGGGAGGGCUGCGGAAACCCUAACCCCUUCCUCCCAGAAGCAGCGCCCGCCGCGGGUCCCGAAGGAGAACGUCGAUCCCAGCCCCGCGGCGGCAGCGGUGCCGCCGCCGGAGUCGUCGCCGUUCCGGUCGCCGUCGUCGGGUGGCGCGAAGCCUCUCGCGCCGAAGAACCGGAGCCCGCUCCCGCCGCGGCCGCCGCAGGGGUCUUCGAACCCUCUCAAGAGGAAGCUGAGCUUGGAAACCCUACCGGAGAAUGGUGCUCCUCCCGCAUCGGCUUCAGAAUCUGGUGUCCAGGUUAUUGUUCGGAUUAGGCCUCCGAACGGAGAAGAAGAAGAAAGCGACCUCAUUGUGCAGAAGACCUCGCCGAACUCCGUCUCGAUUCUUGAUCACACCUUUACUUUCGAUUCAGUCGCUGAUGUCGGAUCCACGCAGGAGGCUUUAUUCCAGCUUGUCGGGAUUCCGUUAGUAGAGAAUUGCCUUGCUGGGUUCAACAGUUCUAUCUUUGCAUAUGGGCAGACCGGCAGCGGGAAAACUUAUACGAUGUGGGGACCGCCGAGUGCUUUGUCCGAAGGCAGCUCAUUAAGCAGCGAGCGAGGAUUAACUCCCCGCGUGUUUGAGCUGCUGUUUUCUCGGAUCGCGGAAGAGCAAGCUAAGCAUUCAGACAGGCAAUUGAUUUAUCAUUGCUGCUGUUCUUUUCUGGAGAUUUAUAAUGAGCAAAUAACGGACUUGUUGGAUCCAACACAAAGGAACCUUCAGAUCAGGGAAGAUACUAAAGUUGGUGUCUAUGUCGAUAAUUUGACAGAGGAGAAUGUGUGCACCAUGAAGGAUGUAACUCAGUUGUUAAUAAAGGGAUUGGCAAAUAGACGAACAGGCGCAACAAGUGUAAAUGUAGAGAGUUCCCGUUCACAUUGCGUUUUUACUUGCAUAGUCAAAUGCCAAUCCAAGAACACAGCAGAUGGUUUCAACAGCUUAAGAAUUAGCAGAAUCAAUUUGGUUGAUCUUGCUGGAUCGGAGAGGCAAAAGCUUACAGAUGCAGCUGGAGAGCGUUUGAGGGAAGCAGGAAAUAUAAAUCGUUCACUUUCACAGCUUGGGAACUUAAUUAAUAUCCUCGCUGAAGUUUCACAGUCCGGCAAGCAUAGGCAUAUUCCUUACCGUGAUUCCAAACUGACCUUUUUACUGCAGGAAUCUCUUGGUGGUAAUGCGAAGCUAGCAAUGAUAUGUGCCAUUUCACCGUCUCAAAGCUGUAAGAGCGAAUCAUUCAGUACUCUUAGAUUUGCGCAGCGUGCAAAGGCCAUAAAAAAUAAAGCAGUUGUGAAUGAAAUUACACAGGAUGAUGUAAAUGUCUUGCGUGAGCAGAUCCGACAAUUAAAGGACGAACUUCUAAGAAUGAAGUCCAAUGGGGCUGUGGCCGCAGAAAAUGGAAGUUAUUCGACAGGAUGGAACGCAAGGAGGAGUUUAAAUCUUUUGAGAAUGAGUUUAUGUCGUGCUACGGGAUUACCUCCUAAUAAAGAUGAUAGUGAUGAAGAGAUGGAAAUUGAUGAGAACGAUGUUGAGAAGCCUUUUCUUCAAUUAAGUGUACAACCAUCUUGUAGUGAAGAAGAAGUACCUUCAAAAUCAGAGAACUUGGGGGAAGGAAAAUCCUCUCCCACCUGUAAGGGAGCGGUUGGUGAUUCUGAAUUAGAGGGUACGACUGAAGCCUUGCGAAGGUCUGCUCAGAAUGAGCAUGAAUUGACUGAUGAGGAGAAAGUUCCUGAAGUUGGCCUAUUUUUGGAAGGAAAGGGUUGUGAAUUCCAGGACAUGGUGUUGGGGGGAGAUUGUACUCAUGAUAUGGUUGCAGACUUGUGUACUGAAUCUUCUCACUCUUCAAGUUCCAUCACAGCACCAUCUUCUAACCUUA